CUGAAGACGAAAACACGAGUGAUAGUUCCAGAGGAGAAGCUUCUCAUGUCAAGUCUCUGUUCUUGAGUCUCGAUCUUAUUUGCGUCUGUACCGACAAUCUCUCGGUCGGAGACGAUGUCAUCUUUCUUUGUCCGUAAAUGCUUCAGGUUCAGAUACGAAUCCCUGUUUCUUUAUUCCACCCCCAGUGUAUAACUCGCGACCUCGCCAGUCGAACACUCUGUGCGACGUGCACAGCCAGAUUCGACGACCUGGUCAGCCUUGUCUUACCCAUGAAGAAGGAAUUUGUCUCUGUCUUCUAUCCAGCCCCUUUCUUCUGACAGCCAACCUUGCCUCAAAUUUCACGUCGUAUGCUGGUAAAACAUCCUGAAUCACUUCCUUGUUCUCCUCAUCAACCACCAAAACCCUCAGAAUGUCCUAUUACGGGGCCACCUCGUCAAUAACUUCCAAGGCGACGACGACCACCUUAUCGUCGACCGCGACGGGAAGCCGCUCGUCCACCUCGUCAGCGACAACAGGCACGGUCACGCACACGGUCGAAGUCGGCCCGAAAACCUCUCCCCAUGGGUACUCUCCGCAUAAUAUCACCGCCAACGUUGGCGACGUGAUCGUCUUCGAGUUCUAUCCGCGAAAUCAUUCAGUCGUGAAAGCAGACUACCUGGCGCCGUGCGUGCCAGCUAGCAAGUCGGUCUUCUACUCGGGGAUGUUCAACAGUUUCAAUGAAGAUAAUGGCGAGAUCGUUGGACCGCCACCUACUUGGUCGCUUGUAGUCAACGACACCGAGCCAACCUUCUUUUACUGCACAGCCAUAGACUCCUGCCUCGUCAACGGCAUGGUAGGCGUUAUUAACCCUAACGAAACAAUGACCUGGGAAGCGCAAUACGAGAAAGCGAAGACUUACCCCUACAUGCUCGUUCCCGGCCAGUCGAUCCCGGCGGAAGGCUCGAUCCCCACCUCCACCAGCACCUCCAGCGCCGCCCCAUCCGCCUCGUCGUCGUCGUCUAAGUCCGGCGGCCUGAGCGGUGGCGCCAUCGCUGGGAUUGUGGUGGGCUCGGUGGCCUUUGUCGGCAUUUUGGGAGCCCUGUUCUUCCUCAUGGGACGAAAUCGGGUGUACCAGAAGUGGAUCUCUUCGCAAGAUGGCCGCACGGAACGGACAGCGCGGUGGGCGGCGAUGUUGAUCCCUGGUCAUGGAGGAGAAGAUCAGACACAGAGUCAAGGACAUGGACGGGGAAAGGGUGAGUAUGACGCGGGAGCCGCCGGGCUUGGAGUUGGGAUGCAGCCGUUGCCGCAGCCGUACGAUUAUGGGACCGCGCAGUCCCCCGGAACGGCGGUGUAUGCAACCAGCCCAGAGCAGUCGGGAUCGCCGCAGCCUCAGAGCCAGGGAGGUCAUUGGAGUUGGGGUGCGCAGCAACAGCAGCAGGUGUACCAGGAACCGGGUCAAGUGGCGCAGCCAGGACAGGUAUAUUACGAAGCAAUGGCGAGAGGGCCGACUGAAUUGGACGCUACAAGUCGAAAGUGA